AUGGAGGGGGUCCAGACAUUGGCUGAGCGCCAUGACCGGGUGUUGGACAUGCUGCUGGAGCAAUUCCGCGGGUCAUCUGGGGGGCAGCCUGCCACGGUGGUAACCCCAUCGCCCCUCAGCAUCUCGGCGGUUAGCAGCGCCGCCCCACCGGCCACUCCACCUUCCCGGGAGCCCUGGUUACCUCCUCCGGAACGCUUUAAUGGAGAGCCGAGCACCUGUCAGGCGUUUCUAGCUCAGGCUCUCACCUGGCCUACCGCCAUAUGGGACCAGCAGCCGGCCAUAUGCGCAAGCCUGGAGGGGUUCGUGGUAGAGGUGAGGAAGGUCUUUGAUGCUCCGUUCUCCGGGAGAGAAGCUGCCCGGAAUCUCAUCCAGCUCCGGCAGGACGCCUGCACUGUGGCCGACUACGCGGUGGAUUUCCAUACGUUGGCAGCGGAAGCACUGUUCGACAUGUUCCUGCACAGCGUCUCGGAGGAGGUUAAGGAUGAGCUUGCGACUUGGAAGCUACCCACAGAUUUUGACUCCCUCGUCGCUUUGACCAUCCACAUCGAUGGGCGAUUGCUGGAACGACGGAUGGAGAGGAAAGUCGAUUUCACUCGCACAUCCAGGGAUUCCACCCCGCCUCCGAGUCAUCCCUCACAGAGGAGGGCCGAGGCACUGUUUCCCGAGGGCUGUCGCCAGCAGAACGGCAACACCUGGAUCAGCGCAAGGAGCUGUCGGGUCACCCAUAACACCACUCCCAUCAACCUACAUGUGUCAGGGAAUCACAGUGAGACCAUUCAGUUCCUGCUCAUCAAGUCCCCCCAGAUCCCAUGGUUUUGGGAUUCUCCUGGCUCCAGCGACACAACCCACUCAUCAACUGGUCUACAGGUGCCAUCAUGGGCUGGAGUCCGUUCUGCCACGCCCAUUGCUGAAGUUGGCGCAACCUGCCCGGGACGUCUUCCUGGGUCCUCGGAGGUGGUUCAGGAUCUCUCCGCCAUUCCCGCGGAGUACCAGGCUCUCCGGGAGGUGUUCAGCAAGUCCCGGGCCACUUCCCUUCUGCCGCACUGCCCCUAUGACUGCGGGAUUGACCUUCUCCCUAGCACCAUGCCGCCCCAAGGGAGUCUGUACUCGCUGUCUGGACAUGAAACCAAGGCUAUGGAAGACUACAUUGGGGACUCCCUAGCAACUGGAUUUAUCCGUCCCUCUUCCUCUCCCGCUGGCGCAGGGUUCUUCUUCAUGGAGAAGAAGGACAAGACCCUGCACCCAUGCAUUGACUACCGGGGUCUCAAUGACAUCACUAUAAAGAACUGUUAUCCGCUACCACUCAUUUCCUCGGCCUUCGAGCCACUCCAGGGGGCCACUGUGUUCUCCAAGCUGGAUCUACGUAACGUCUACCACCUGGUGCGGAUACGAGAGGGGGACAAGUGGAAGACCGCCUUCAACGCGGCCAGUGGCCACUACGAAUAUAUGGUCAUGCCCUUUGGCCUCACCAACGCCCCUCCUGUGUUCCAGGCUCUGGUGAAUGAUGUUCUCCACAACAUGCUGAACCGGUUCAUCUUCGUCUAUAUUGAUGACAUCCUCGUCUUCUCCCGCUCCCCCCAAGAACACGUGCUCCAUGUCCGGCAGGUUCUCCUUGCGCCUUCUGGAGAACCAGUAGCGGAAAAGUGCGAGUUCCAUCGCUCCACCAUUCCCUUUCUGGGCUACAUCAUCUCUGCUGGGAGCGCCAAGAUGGAUCCCGAGAAGGUGAAAGCGGUGGUGGAUUGGCCUUAGCCUACGUCCAGGGUACAGCUGCAACGGUUCUGGGGGUUCGCCAACUUUUAUCGGGGUUACAGCACCCUGGCUUCCCCCCUGUCUGCCCUCACCUCUACCAAGGUUCCGUUCAUGUGGUCCACGGCCGUGGACCGGGCAUUCCGGGACCUUAACCUCUCUAGGGUACGUGGGAUGGUAGCGUCCCACCUCUUCAACAGCCAGUGAAACUGCAGGGCACCAAAUUCAAAACAGCAGAAAUCCCAUAAUUAAAAUUCCUCAAACAUACAUGUAUUUUACACCAUUUUAAAGAUACACUUGUUGUAAAUCCAGCCACAGUGUCUGAUUUCAAAAAGGCUUUAUGACGAAAGCAAACCAAACGAUUGUGUUAGGUGAGUGCCUUUUCACAGAA